GCUUCCCCAUCCCAAAAAACCCUGGAGCCCAUCAUUUGGGGGAGGGAAAAGAAGAAGAGGAGGACCCCUGAGCUGGGAGACGCAUUCACGUGUGCCGGGAGGGUGUUGCAGCAUAUUUCAGAGCAGAUCUGCCCGGGUUUAAGAAGAGGCUGAGCUGACACGAGAACUAGUUCGCAUCAGGGCAAGCGAGCGCAGCAUCUCAUGAGGAGGGACAGCUGCUGCUGCUGCCGCAGCCUUUUUUGCCACCUGCACUAGAGAGCUCUCCAUCCUUCCAUCUCUAAGGUAGAGUUGGGACGUGCCAUGGACCAGCUGAUGAAUCUCCUCUACCUCAACUUCUCAGAGCAGCUGAGCCUGCUAGAGGAAAACGACAUGUCCUGCAGCGACUCUGUGGGGAACGGCACUUUCCUGAUCGUAGCUUACAGCGCAGUCAUUGCAGUGGGGUUGAUUGGCAACCUCUGCUUGGUGUGUGUCAUCAUCCAGCAGAAGGAGAUGAGAAACGUCACCAACAUCUUCAUCGCCAACCUCUCCUGCUCUGACAUCCUCAUGUCACUUGUUUGCAUGCCUGUCACGGUCAUUUACACCUUGAUGGACCGCUGGAUCUUAGGAGAAGUGCUCUGCAAGGCCAGCCCCUUUGUCCAGUGCAUCUCCGUCACUGUCUCCGUCCUCUCCCUCGUAUGGAUUGCCCUGGAAAGGCAUCAGCUCAUCAUCAAUCCGACUGGGCGGAAGCCAGGAGCUAACCAUGCGUACCUGGCUGUGGCCAUUACCUGGGUGGUGGCCUGCUUCAUUUCCCUGCCCUUCCUCUCCUUCACCAUCCUGACCAAUGAGCCCUUUCAAAACUUAAGCCUUCCCUUUGACCCGUUUGCCAACCACGUGGCCUGCAUUGAGCACUGGCCAUCGGAUCAGCAUCGCCUAGCUUACACCACCUUCCUCUUGCUUUUCCAGUACUGCCUGCCCCUGCUCCUCAUCAUGGCCUGCUAUUUCCGCAUCUUCCUGCGCCUUCAGCGUCGCAAGGACAUGGUGGAGCGCUCCAAGGAUGGCUCCCGGGCCACUAGCCACAGGAAGGUCAACAUUAUGUUGGCUUGCAUCGUCGUUGCUUUUGCCGCCUGUUGGUUUCCACUCACUGUCUUCAAUGCCCUCUAUGACUGGGACCAUGAGAAGAUCUCAGUGUGCUACCACAACUUCAUCUUCUCCCUCUGCCACCUUAUGGCCAUGGCUUCCACUUGCAUCAACCCCAUCAUGUAUGGUUUCCUCAACAGCAAUUUCCAAAAGGAAGUCAAGGCAUUGCUGUAUCGCUGCAGCUGCAGCAGUGAGAAGGACAAGUAUGAAAGCUUCCCCCUUUCCACAGUCAGCACGGAGAUCUCCAAGGCCCCGCUCCAUAGCGGGGCUGGCACCAGUACCCACGCGUGACUGCCAACAUCCCAUGCAGUGCCUUCCAACAGCAACCAGUCCCUUUCUCAGCUGAGCCAAGCUGGAAGUAUCUCCGCUGUCUGCAUAUUUCCAAUUCUCUGGUUACUCCACCCCCUAACCCAUCUCAUACCAAACUUGUAUCAGGGAUCAUCUGCAAUUAUCUGGGGUACAAAGAAUAUGUACUGAGGUGGGGAGGGAAUGACCCAGAGGAUUGGGGAACAGUGUGUCUUGAGUACAAAUCCAAGCUUGUCCAUCAGUUAUUCUCUUUGAUCCUUAACCCAUCUUAACAUUUGGAGCUUUGAAAACUUCCUUGAGAAUAUGGUUGUACUCCACUAAAACGGAUGGAAACUGUGAGUCCCGGGACAAUAACUAAGCAACAUACUGUCUGCUUAGCCUCUCAAGAAGAUCCAAGGGCCCCUAAAUAAAUCAUCCAACUCUGUUAAGAGUUGCAUUCAUCAGCAUUGGGCAACUUAGAAGCAGAUCUUCACAAAUGGUCCUUCAAAGAGAAGAUUGAUCAUGGCAAAGAAACAUUUCCCGAAAGAAAGCUUCCCCAGCACCCUAGCAUUUUUUUGUGCUAGACUGAACUUCAGGAGAACAUUGGGUGUGUCCUAGGUUGUAUUCUCCAUUCAGAUGGACCAACUUGGGCUUGACAGGCCUGGUCAUUGUCCUCCAUGAACUAAAUGUGUUCCCUGGUACAAGGACCGAAGUUCGGUGGUAGAGCAUCUGCUUUGCAUGCAGAAGGUCCCAGGUUCAAUCUCCAGGCUGGACUGGAAGGAGACUCCUGUCUCACAUCAUGGAGACCCACCACUGCCAGUCAAUACAGGCAGCACAGAGCUGGAUCAACCAAUGGGCUGAUGUCCUGUGUUCCAGAAACGUAUGCAGUGCUCUGGGAAUCCACGGUAGAUGUGUCCCUUGAAAAGCAUUUUUUGAAGGUAGGAACCUGGAAAAAUGAUGCCCUAAGUGAGUCUCCAUCUCCAUGCAAAUGGAAUUAUCCUGAUUGAAGAAGAGCUUUAAAAAAUAGAACUGGUAAGAUCUAAACUGGUUCAGCUGAAAUCCUUAGUAUGAAAUGUCUGAGUAAUGCAUCAAGAUUUUGAGAGAGCCUCCCAGUCAUCCCAACGGCCAAGGCAGAAAACUUUAACGGCCUUCCUCUACCCCACCCUGGAAGGUUUAGUCUGCAUUUCCCCACCUGAAGAAAUGUUUUGCCCCACUCAAAAACUUGCUGUCAUGUCCUGUCAAUAUAAUUGCAUCAAUUGAAACAUUGUUUGAUCUUCUCUCUUUCUUUUGAAUAAUAAUAAAGCAAGCGUUUCCAUAAUAGAAACUGAGAAAGAUGAUAUAUUGUUCUGAUUGGUUCUGCCCUUUUAUUUCCAUGAAAAUUAGUCCAUUUAAUAUAAAGGACUUAUGAGUUUGGAAUGUGUAUUCUCGGAGCUUGCAGGGUUUUGGCUUUGGGAGCUCUGCCUUCAUUUGCCUAUUGGAACUACUGUAUAUGAUCAGCAAUUCUCAUUUAUUGCACAUUUACUGGGGAGAAGGGGGUGAGAAAUACUUCAUUCCUAAAACUCUCUGGAUGCAAAAUGCACUGCAUUAAAAGGAUGAGUCAAUGAGUGCUGGCACUGCAUAAUCCAGCUGAGGACAGUGAUGUGUAGCUUAGUGUCCCCCUUUUUUCUAACACGGGGAGACUCUUCAGAACAGUAUUAUCAUUUUAGCCUUAAUAUUUAAAUCAGGGAUGGACAGGAGCUGGCCUUCAGAGGGCACCUUUUCAUCAGAUGGCCUGAGCAAAUGUCAGUCACAUGAGGAUGUAAUCAGUUUCCCUCAUCAGGAUAAAGAAAAAGUUGCCAUCUUGUAAGAAACAGAGAGUCCCAUAAUUCCCAGGCAGCAUGACCAAUAGUCAGGAUAGUGGCAGUCUCAGCCCCAAACAUUUGGAGGCACAACGCUUUUGGCAAGCAGGUCUAAAGCUUUAACUCAUUCAUCACCUGGGCCAAAACCAAAUGGCAGAAGUGUGUGUGUGUGUGUGUGUGUGUGUGUGUGUGUGUGUGUGUGUGUUUAAAAAUGCCAUUAGGUUUGAGUGCAUGAUUGUAACAAUGAAUUAAAAAGAAAAUAGUAAAGAUGGCAUUUCCUUGUAUUACUGAGGAGUCACUUUUUAAUCAUCUUCUACACUGGCUCACAUUUCUUUCAAAAUCACCCAGAAUUCCUGACCAGUGUGAGUGCUCUUAUGAGUUGUUCUGUUUCAUAAAUUAGUUGUAAUUGAUCUUUCUGCCAUGCUUUCCUUAACAUUAUGUUUUCAAUCAGUAAAAACCGUGAAGUGUCUUGUGGCACCUCAAAAGCUAAAAAAUAUUAUUAUUAUGGCAUAAAGUUUCAUGGACUACUACAGUCUAGAACAUUUUUCCAUUUUGGUUUGUUACUUUAAUGAAGACUGAUUUGACGUGGGACAUUUCUGGGUUUUCACUCUGAUCAGAAAAUCCAUAAUGCAAAAGAAAGUGUUAUUGCUAGCAAAUAUGUUACUGUUGUAAAAAUAAAAAUAAAAAUCUGGACCUCAGACUAAACCUUCAGAAGGUGACUAAGACAUUUCACAAACUUUUUCACAGGUAAAAUUCCACUAGACUUCCUAGGGCUAACUUUUAUGGAGAUAGCUUUGAGCUAUCUCACUCCCUACCCUGGUCCAUUUCUAGACCAUUAACUGAGUCUCAUGCCCUGGCAAAAAUGCUGCGAUGUUUAGGAUGCACAGAUCAAGCCAGAGGAUUUUUUCAUAACAUUCAUAGGAAAGACAUACAAGGUCGUAUCUGAUGCUAGCCAUAGGGUCAAUUUUUUGAGAUUCACAGUCAUGGCUAACUUAGGUAGAUUGAUUUCAAUGGGUCCACUCUGAGCAAAAGUUAGUUGGACACACUCUGAUAUUUACAAGCAUAGAGCAAACAUUCUAGAAUAUUUGUCUAAGCUACCUGUGUUCUUCCAACCUUUCAACAUCAGCUGAAUGUAUCCUAAUUCCUGAUCUCUUAAUAUGGUGAUGUCUGCUGACUCCUAGAUCUAGGAACUUGCGGGCAAACAGUGCUUCUGUUUUCAACCAGUUUUGAAACAUGUACUUUAUUUACCUGCAUAGGCAUGGAUCUACUUUGUGAGAAGAAGAAAGUCUGUUUUCCUGCCACUUCCUUUACCUAAUACAUGAGCAAUGUCCUUUAAAUAAACUUGAGGCAGCACAUGAAAAGCAAGGUGUGUGUCCAUGUUCCUGGGUUAGCUGUGAGCAAGCUUGCUUACUGAGGACAGGAAAAAACUUUGCCCAUGUUCAGAUAUGCUUUUCUCCAGUGAACCAGUGAACCUUUUUCUGACCCAGAAUUCCUCAGAAAUAUAGUGGCUACACUACAAUUUUGUAUCAUUUCUAAACAAUUUAACUGUCUUGGCUUCAUCCUGAAGAAUCUUGGAAACUAUAGUUGCUGAAGAUGUUUAGGUGAGAGUUUGGCUCUCUGGCCACAAGACGGUUGUUUUAGGACAAGCAGGCAGGACAACAAGGGACAUUUUUCUUUGCAACAGAAGGGCUAGAAAAACAUUGCUAGCCUCUUUUUUAUACAAGUGUUUUUCUCCUUGAAACUAACUUGGAGACUAUAUUUAUGUCACAGUCAGUUAAAAAGAUAUCCCCAUGCAAACUGUCAGACCACACAGCAAAUCUGAUAGUUCUAUAUCAGUUUAAUCAUCAAGAUCCUCCCUCCGCCCUCAAAGAAUCCUGGGAUCUGUAGUUUUGUGAGAGUGCUGGUAGCUACAGUUCCCAGCCUCCCAUGAAGCAAAGUUCUGACUUCUGAAGCAGUUUGGCUCUGCCGUGUAGAUGUGCCCUUUAACUGUGCAGAGGCUCACUUGGUCUGUGAAAUAGACUUCUUCUUCUGUUUUGCUUGAACUAUAAUAACAGCAAUCCAAUUAUAUUCCAGGGAGGGGGUAUGUGCCA